AUUGAACCCGAAUCUCAAAGCAUCGCUUGUCCUCUUCGAUCAAACCCCCGUCCUUCUUCCUUCCUUUCCGAAGUUCUCCUUCUCGUGAGAACCUCCUUCUUCAACGUUGCCGCCGAGCUCCAAUCCCAAACCCUAGCCAUGGCGAGGCGUUCCUUCCCAACCCUACGCCAUCUCCUCCGGGCCUCCCAAUCCUCUCCCAACCCUUCCCUAGGGCUAGGAUUUCCCGAAUCCCGCCGAUCCGUUACCUACAUGCCGCGCCCCGGCGACGGAGCCCCGAGAGCGGUGACUUUGAUUCCUGGCGAUGGGAUCGGCCCUCUGGUCACCGGCGCCGUGCAGCAGGUGAUGGAUGCGAUGCAUGCGCCUGUGUACUUUGAGACGUACGAGGUUCAUGGGGAUAUGACGAGUGUCCCGUCGGAGGUCAUUGAAUCGAUUCGGAGGAACAAGGUUUGCCUCAAGGGUGGCCUUGCGACGCCUGUUGGUGGUGGUGUGAGCUCUCUCAAUGUGCAAUUGAGGAAGGAGCUUGAUCUCUAUGCAUCGCUGGUUAAUUGCUUUAAUCUUCCUGGAUUGCCGACGAGGCAUGAGAACGUUGAUAUCGUUGUGAUCAGGGAGAACACGGAGGGUGAGUACUCGGGUUUGGAACAUGAGGUGGUUCCUGGCGUCGUCGAAAGUCUUAAGGUGAUAACAAAGUUCUGUUCAGAGCGCAUUGCAAAGUAUGCUUUUGAGUAUGCAUAUCUGAACAAUAGAAAGAAAGUAACGGCAGUGCAUAAGGCCAAUAUCAUGAAGCUUGCUGAUGGUCUCUUCCUAGAAUCUUGCCGUGAGGUUGCAACAAAAUACCCUGGAAUCAAGUACAAUGAGAUUAUUGUGGAUAACUGCUGCAUGCAGCUUGUUUCAAAACCAGAGCAAUUUGAUGUCAUGGUCACACCAAACCUCUAUGGUAAUCUGGUAGCAAACACAGCUGCAGGUAUCGCCGGAGGAACUGGUGUCAUGCCAGGAGGCAAUGUCGGGCAAGAUCACGCCAUAUUUGAGCAAGGAGCAUCAGCAGGAAAUGUAGGAAAUGAUAAAAUCGUGGAGCAGAAAAAGGCAAAUCCCGUUGCUUUGCUGUUGUCAUCUGCCAUGAUGCUCCGGCAUUUACAGUUCCCAUCAUUCGCUGACCGGUUAGAAACCGCCGUCAAGCGGGUGAUCCUAGAAGGCAAGUACCGGACCAAAGACUUGGGUGGAAGCAGCACCACCCAGGAAGUUACUGAUGCAGUGAUAGCUCAGCUGGAUUAGAAUUCUAAUCUUGAUUCGGCACUCUUUAUUUGGGGACCAAGAGGCCAAUUGGGUGUCUUAAGCUAUCUUCUUUUAUUGUGCCAUUUUUAUGGACUGAAUUGAGUGCAAAGAAGGUGAUUUCUUUCUGUUUUAAUUUUUGUUUCCUUUAUAGCAAUAAUUUACCAAUGUCAUCAAAUCUAGAGAAUUUGGACUUGAAUUUCUCUUCAGCUUGAUGUUCUAAUUACAAAAAUAAGCUGCAAUUGUACUGGUUCACAAUUAUUUUUCA